AUGCCUCUGUUAGUGCCAAUACAAGGGGUCUCGAAAAUAGGCGUUUCCGCCGACGGAAUGCCUGCGCUGUACGCAGGCGGAACGUUAGGAAACAAUCUGGAAUUGCACGGCGCCGGGCAUAUGGGCAUUGGACCUUUGGACAGGAUUAUUAUGUCCCUUGAAUCUGGGCUCGAGUCAGAAAUUGAAUACGCCCUCUCCACGCUCACGUACUAUUCAUGCAACGAGCCUAAGCUCCUCGAUUUUACCAGCUACCUGCUUAUGGGAAGAGAACUCAUCAAAUACUUUAUCAGACCGUACCAUUUGAUCAUUGAAGGUAAAGAGAACGAGGUGCGUGCUGAAAUGAUGUCUUUGAGCUGCGAGUCGCUUCUAUCGUUAAGAAACGCUGUACAGGAUCUUCACAAUCAGCAGUGGCUUUGUCAGAGAGAAAACUUCCGGAAAUUCGCCGCAGAAGCGCUCAAAUUCUUGCUGAACUGGUUCUACGCCCCUGGUGGCCGUAAACUGCACCUUUCACAGUUUUCUGAGCUUUUCAGAGAGUCAUUUUUGUACUUGCUUGAUACACUUGACCCGCUCACAUGUUUCUACACCAAUACGUCCAAAAAUGACUCGUUGUUCCAUACCUUGUUGUACAUCUUGUCCCAUACCUCAGACAGGUACGUAUUGCUCAACACGAUAAAGUGCUUGUACCACUUGCUCUUCGUGAAGACAUCGGAGACUGCUUCCAAGGGUGCCGAGGAUGAGGAGACUACCGACACAAGCAAUUGUAUAGAUGCGUUGCUGGGUGAGCACUUAUCAAUUAUUGUAAGAACAUUGAUGGUCAACGACGACGAACUCACCCACGCCACGUUGCUGUUUUUGAGGCAAUAUUUGACGUCAGAGGCGUUGCAUGCCCAAUAUCCUACCUCUGUCGAGGCCUCACAACGCCAUCGUCUGAGGAAACUCAUGCACGCCAACUCAAGCACAUCUAACAUGCACAUAUUGUUGAAGCAGCUCCCAGAGUUGAUUGUGGCAAAGUUGCCUCUUAUAGACCCUCAUAAAUUUCUGUCCUCGUUACCUGUGACGUUUACCAAGCGUUCAACAUACGCUGGUAUCCCUCUCAGCACACCAAAAUUACCUAAGAAGCUUUACAAUAUCAUCAUCAAUUUCCCGGAGCCUUUGAGAGCCACAACGUGGCUAAGGUGCUGCUACGAGCCUUACACACAAGUGACGAACCCUGAGGACAACACCAAAGAUGUUGCCGCAGGAGAAGUCACACAAAUAUCGCUUUGGAAGGCCUACGAAAAUCAGUUCGAGGCGAUUUGGAAAGAAAGACUCAACCCUAAUUGGCCAAAUUUGCUACCCGCUGUUGAAUUUAUUAAAAACGUAAGCUCUGCAUUCCCCAACUCGGAGGCGAUGGUCGUUAACAUUCCACAGACAGACCCAGGCGCCCAGCCCAAAAAGAAAUUUAUCAUCAAGGGAAUCCAGCCGCGCCAAUUCCCUGUGAGUGUUGAGGUUGGAAAUUUCGAGGCCCUUCGGAGUAUCCCAGCAACAGCGGAAGAAAAACAUUCUCCGUCUGCGCCUAUCGGACACAUAGAUGUGGAGGCAUUUGAGGCAGCGUUAGCAGCAAAAAACGAGUCGUUGUUGCAAGCGUCUGUCGGGUUAAGCGGUCCGGAGGACACAAGUGCUCCAUGGCACUCCCCUAUCAAUGGCGUGGCCCGAGAUGUUCUUGGCAAGAUCGUGGAAGAGUUACUUGAGCCAGAUACCGACGGCGUCUACAAGAAUGUAUUCAGGCAAUAUAACCGCGACUGGUUACCAGACCUAGUGUACGUGAACCCCGGGCUUGUGGAGCAGGAGUACAUCAACGGCCAGUGGUUGCUGUACCUCUUGUGA